AUGUAUCGUCGAUGGGUCGCGGGGUCAGAUGGGACACAGCGCCCGGGUGGCCCAUCAGCAUCAUAUCAAGCACCACAGACGGCUGGUACACAACCCAACAACACGAAUAUCUACAGUCAAUCCGUGACCCAGAACACUCUAAAGAAAGGUCGUGAAAGACCGAAACGACGACUUAUAACGCAGUUCAAGAGACGGGACAUAUUGAGCAGAGAUGAUCCCACAUCUGGUGCGGCGGACAUUUAUGCUCACGAAGAGGUGCCCCUUGAUCUUGGACUAAACAGCCAAGAAACCUCUCCUCGGGGAGUCCGCACAAAAGCCCUCCACCUUCCUAAUCGAAGUCAGCAGAUGAAGCGAGGCAGACCAUACAUGCUCCCCGCCGGCCUCUCAUCAGAACAAUCCAAGGGAGAGCAAUCUCGAGGCUCUCCCAACCCAAUGAAUCUUAUGCAGGGCGGCAACAUGGAACCAAGCUUAGCUGGAAAUCAGACUGCUUUCUUCAAGACCAAGAGUGGCAUGGACUCGGGUAUGGUCAAUGGUGCCCGCAUUGGCAGACGCUGGCAGCUACAACGAAGUUCCCACUCAAACUCACCCUUAAUUCACCAAGUCAAUCCACAAAUAAUGGCGACCAGACAAUCGGAGGGAGGUCAGGCGGGCUCCAACCAGAUGCAAUGGCGGAGUCGCCCUCGGUCGGGCAGCAUCCCGCCUCCAUCGCCGGAGACCGGCAGCAGUGCUCCGACCUCACCACCCGACGUUCAGCAGGACCCGGCAGCGUUCGUGGGCGGCAUACUCCCAAAAGAUUCACGUGAACAAGUAGCUGCACGGAACCCUGUUGUUGCUGCUCAAUGGGAAGAUAUGCAACUGCAGCAGUUGUUGGCAAAGCAGCAGGAGGUGAAGGCGAUGAUGAUGGCGCAGCAGCAGGAUAUGCGCGGCAGUGGGGAUUUGCCUGUUAGCGAAGACUUUUCAAUAUCUUCAAUGGAUGGGGAGUCAAGGAGACCCGUUGACGCUGCACCAUCUAUAUUUGUUCCCAGGACCAUUUCAAGGGACAACACUGCUGGAGAGGACGACCAGAUGUCCCAAUGCAUGGCCAUUCUUAGAUUGAAACAUGACAGAAGCUGGGGACCCGGCCGAGCCGCAAUUCACAAAAAUGGCUACAAGAAGUAG